AUGCCAGCUCUUCCCGCUUUCCCCCUCACCCGCCGCCCAUCCGACGCCAGACGCCGCGGUCGCCUCGUCCUUUCCCUCGUCGUCCUCGUCGCCGUCUCCGCCGCCGCAGCCCUCGCCUACCUCUCUUUCCCCUCUGCUGGGCGGACAUCGCCCCCGGCAGCGUUCUCGGCGGUCCGGGCGGAGGCCGACUGCUGCAGGGGUAUGGAGGGCCUCGAGCUCUGGGGCCCGGCGGUCAAGUGGGGCUCAGACCACCGCCUGCCCUCCGCCGCUGCCUGCUGCGCUGCCUGCAAGGCCAUGUGCCCUCACCCCGAGGACGGGGCCUGCCGCUGCGACUCGUGGGUCUUCUGCGGUGACGAGCGCAAAUGCAAGGACAGGUUCGGGGAGGAGCGUAUUGAUAAAAGUAAAAUUAGUACAGGCAGCAACAUGGAUCCAUUUAUAUGCAACUAG